AUGUUUGCUGGACCACCCGACGGAGCUAACGUAGCAUGGGAACGGACAACGUCGAAUUUUUCUCUUUUGGAGGAUAGCGAAGGUCCAGAAGGUUAUACGAUACAUUCGGUAGUUGGGCAUUCAAUGGUACGAUGUGAAGAUUCACUGUUGAUAUGGGGUGGUUAUUGUAUUGAUAGCUCUGAUGAAACACAUUAUCGACUCACCCAUCAACUGUUUAUAUUACCAGCCGCUUUAACAACUCAUUCGUCUUCUGUCAAAUGGAUUGUAUAUAAUAUACGUAACGGUGAAGCCCCUCCACCCACGAGCGGGGCAUGUGCGGUUCUACUAGAAGAUACUAUAAUUAUAUUCGGUGGUUUUACUAGACCAGGUGAUUUUCAUGCGGACGGAAAUACGGGUUUAUGCUGGAAUAAUCAAUUGCUAGUUUAUGAUCGUUGCUCUGAUGUUCGAUGGAGUAGUGCAAAAACAAGUGGAUCAAUACCGUCGCCAAGAGCCGCGUCCGCAAGUGUCUAUAUGGAAGAUAAACGGAGUGUACUGUUAUUUGGUGGUCGGCACGAUGAAAUUAGAUUAUGUGAUUUGUAUAUUCUUGAUAUGAAUACGUUGAUAUGGUCGAAUGUUGAAAUAAUAGGAUCAUUACCAGUUGGUCGUUCGUGGUGUACAUUAAGCGUAAUUGAUCAUGAAAAUACAUUAUUAUUUGGUGGUUAUUCGACCGAUGGGAACGCGUUGUCUGAUUGUUGGUCGUUUCAUUUCAAUGCAGCAGAAACCAUCGACAAUAGCAAAAGUAAUAAUGAUAAUAAUAAUCAACUGAUAGGGCAAUGGGUGACGUUUGGUUACUUCAAAAAGCCUGCACCGCGAUUAUGGCAUACAGCUGCAGUUAUUGAUGGAUUACUUUUUGUUUGUGGUGGUUCAAACGGUCCCCUUUCAACAGCAGCGAAUUGUUCAAAUAUAUUCCGUAUGCAGAUCACACCGCCAUCAUUAUUGAAACUUUGCUUAUGCAGAUUAUCGCAUCGUUUGCACGAUGUUAGUGCUCUACCACAUUUUAUCAGACGUAAAUUCAAAUGGUUACUAUUUCUGAGAUCAUACGUUCUAGUGGAUCAGGCCGAAAGAAAUGCCUUUCAAGCGUUGUCUUUGAAGCAAAUCAUUAAUAUAAGCAGUUUCAAAUAA